UUCCAAAAAAGAUUUGGCAAUGUUAACAAGAUCGAAACGAGGUGGAAAGAGGGUUACCUUUCAAGUGCCACAACGAGGUGGAAAGAGGGUUACCUUUCAAGUGCCACAACGAGGUGGAAAAAAAUCUACUAAAGCCACCAGAAGAAAAAUCAUUAUUCUGACAAAUUCUUCUGAUGAAGAUCAAAGCUCAAAGGAAGAAAAAGCGCCUCAGGAAGAAAAAAUAUCUCAACUAGAUUCAGAAAGUGAACUUGAAUCUGAAGAAAGCACUGAUACAGAAAAUAAUGAAACAUCAGAACAUGAACUUGCAGACAAAAAUGAAAUGUUGAACGAUGGAGAAGAGGAAGACGAAGAGGAAGAUGACAGUUCGGAUCUGGACUAUCAAAUCGCUACGCGUUCAAAAAGAAGAGUGCCACGAAUCAAUUACUCUGACGAGAAAUAUUAUUCAAGUCGCCUUGGUAACAGUAAUGAAAAUUCAAAGAGGAAAGUAAAGGAAUUCUCAGAUGACGAGAAUGAAACAAAGCGUAUCAAACCUUCAAGACGAAUAAUAAAUAAUAGGCGAAAAAAAUCUCGUCGGGCCAAUACGUAUGAUGAUUCGUCUGAGCAAAAAAGGCGAUCUCUACGAAAUAAAUCGUCUGAUCAAGAAGAGAAUACAUUCCAAGAGGAUAUAAACAACAACUAUUAUGAAGUAUCUUCAGAUGAGCCUGAUAAUGAAAUAAUAAUAGAUACUUCUAAUGGACCUAAUGAGCACAUUCCAAAAGUUUUAGGGACGGAAUCAGAAGUCGAGGUGCAGUAUGUACAUGUCGCAGAUCCGAUUCCUCCAUAUAAAACAUUGCGAAAGGAUGAUCCAGAAUUCAUAGAAAAGCAUAUUUGGUGGUGUAAUAAGUGUGGCGAUAGCAAAUCCAAUGCGACUUUCGUAUAUUGUGGUGAAUGCUCAAUUACAUAUCAUCGACAGUGUUAUCAAUUAAGGUCUACAGUUGUGAAUGGCAUUGUUGAAUGUAAGUUUUGUAUUGAAAACAAACCAGAGUGUAUUAUUUGUCAUAAAUUUUCGGAUGAUAAUCAGCAACAUGAUAAGGAAAUAAAUAAUAAAGAACAUCAAAAAUUCAAAGAAAUGGGUAUAGACAAAGGAGAUGUUGUAAAUGAGGUUCAACAAACGACCAAUGAGGAAGUAAAUAGCGAUGAGAUUCAACAAACCAACAAGGAAAUGAAUUCAGAUGAGAUAGACUUUGAUGAAGAGGAUGCGGCAUCAUCUUCAAGUUCGACAUCAGACUCUUAUCCAAAUUUGCUAUUUCGGUGUAAUCGAUGCACACUCACUAUGCAUGAUAGUUGUCUUCCUGCAUUGAACGAUCAUGAUUUAAUUGAGUCUAAAAUGGAAUUUUAUCGCGAGAAAUGGAAUUGUCAUUUAUGUAAUCUGUGGAACAGGGAAAUCGAUAAAAUUUUAACAUUUAGAUUUAUUUCACAAAAAUCUGAAGAAAAAUCAUCUAUAUCGAAUGAAUCAGAUAGUUCAAUAAAUGCGUAUGAAGUUGAGAUGCUUGUUAAAUUCAAAGAUCUAUCUUAUCGCAAAGUAGAAUGGGUUCCUGGAUAUUGGCUAAUGAAUGUUUCGAGUCAAAAAUACCGACAUUUCGUAAAGACAAGACAGGUGCCCUUAAGUGAGGAGGAUGUUAUUCAGCGUGAAUGGCUAAAAAUACACCGU